CGGACACAAACAUCGCUGUUACGCCCGCGCAACGAAAACAGAUAGAAUACUCGAGUAGGGUCCUUUCGUCCAUACACCGGAGCCUCCCUGAGAGCUCCUGAAAUUGGUCUGAAGCUUUCAGAAUCCACACUUUACACAAAACCACUGCCGCACAGACACAUCACCUCCCUCCCUACGAGAUCACACCACCUUGCCCCUUAACUCACCUCCACCUUCAUUUGCCACUCACUCACUACUCGCAAGUCAAGCCGGUGGAGGGAGGCCAUUGUCUGCACCAUCCAACCGCACACACUCAGCUAUCCUACCAACUACAACUCGUCCGCGACUCACUAAACAACAAAAAACAAAAAUGUCUUACUUCUCCACCAUUCUUACCGCCACAAAAUCUCGCUACCAGACCCUUCGUGGCAUCGACGAGCAAGACGGGGACUCAGAAGACGACUCCCACAUCUCCCGCGUUCUCAGGAACUACUACCAAGAGCAAGGACAACAGCUCCCGGACUGGCUCGGCGGGGGUCCGCCCCCGCCGCAGAACCUCCGGAACAAUUACGGCCAGCAGAGGCCAGGAAUGAUGGGGCGGGGACAGCAAAGCGGUGGGCCGCAGAAUGCGAAUGCGACGUUGAGCGAUAUAUGGGAUACACCGCCGCCACAGGGCGGCCAGCGACCAGUGUUUGGGGUUCGCCAGCAGCCGGUACAGCAGCAUGGGCUGUUUCCUGGUGACGAUGAUAGGCCGCCGCAAGGCGGUGGGAGGGGAAAUGGAGGAGGGCCAGCGGGAGUUGCGAUGACGGCCCAGCAGAGGAUUAAAGAGAGGUUGUGGGGUGGUAGGACCGCGUCUCCGCCACCGAAUAACUCGAAGCCUUCCCAGCCCCCACCUUCGUCUGUGCAAAUGCCAUUGCCACCGUCUAUGCAGCAGCCGAGGAAUAAUGGCGGUUCGUAUAGGCCGCCUCAGGGCCCGCCAUCCGGUCAACAGCGCGGCGGUGGAGGCGGGGGACGAUCUUAUGGGCAGUCAGAGAUGCCUUGGGACGAUGGGUACAGCGGGAGUGGUGGCAGUUACAGCGACGGUUACGAUGGAAACAAUUUCAGCCCGGGCUUCACACCAGCUGGGUCCUCCGGCAGCGGGUCUCAAGGUAGUAGUAAUAAUCUCCGACGCGGGAAGCUGGGGAUCGGCCUCCCGACAGGACCUGGUAUGAUGAGGCAGCAGGGCGGCAAUCGUGGAGGCUAUUAAACAGAGCAACUUGACCAGACAAAUUUUGCUGCUUCUUUUUUUUCUCUCCUCCUUCCCUUUUGAUUGUAUAUGAUACGGAAGAAAAUAUCACUUCUGGAGUAACACUUUUUCCUUCUCUCCUUUUCUCCAUACUCCUUGAUACCGUCUCUCCUUCAAAAAUGUCUUUGUGUACCGGUUUUGCGUGUUUGAGAUUAUUAUGUUGGAUAUCUAGGGUACUGGGGAUGAUAAUGAGACAUGAGAAUGUUCUUCUUUC